AUGAAUGGAGAUCUACCCGCUGGGAAGAUGGCUUCCGCCACCUGUUCCAUAGGCCCCAUGGACGGCAUGGAGCUCCUGGACCUCCUGUUUGAUCGACAGGAUGGAAUUCUGAGACAUGAAGAUCUGGGGGAGGACUGGGGCCACGCUGGAGACCAGGUCCUGCCGGCCCCGGAAUCUGAUGAUUUCCUCAGCUGUAUCUUGGGUUCUGGAGACUCAGCGCCGAGCUCCCCUCUCUGGUCUCCUGUGGACAGCGACAGCGGCAUCUCUGAAGAUCUGCCCUCCGACCCGCAGGAUACUCCUCCACACAAUGUGCCCACCGCCACCCCGGCCGGCUGCCAUUUCUCGGAGUCUGGCAAGGGGCUCUGCCCCCCCUACCUUCCUCUCCCCCACAGCCCCAGCAGGCCUCCUGGGCCAGUGGCCCAGGUGCUCGAGGCCUCUGUGGCCAUAGACCUGGAAAUGUGGAACCCGGGCCUCUAUCCUGAGGAGCAGGCUGAGCUGGCAGUCUCGCCCCCAAGCUGCAGCCUCACGGUGAAAGACCUUCUCCUCUCCGGCAGUGGUGGAGACCUGCAACAGCAUUCCUUGGCAGCCCCCCACCUGCUGAGAUCUGGGACUGGGCACUGCCAGGAACUGGUGCUGACAGAGGACGAGAAGAAACUGUUGGCCAAAGAAGGCAUCACACUGCCCACCCAGCUGCCCCUCACCAAGUAUGAGGAGCGAGUCCUGAAAAAAAUCCGCCGGAAAAUUCGGAACAAACAGUCAGCCCAAGAAAGCCGUAAAAAGAAGAAGGAAUAUAUUGACGGCCUGGAAACUCGGAUGUCGGCCUGUACUACCCAGAACCAGGAGCUUCAGAGGAAAGUUUUGCAUCUCGAGAAGCAGAACCAGUCCCUCUUGGAGCAGCUAAAGAAACUCCAGGCCAUUGUAGUCCAGUCCACCAGCAAGACAGCCCAGGCAGGCACCUGCAUAGCGGUCCUGCUGCUCUCUUUUGCCCUCAUCGUCCUCCCCUCCAUCAGCCCUUUUGCCAACAAAGCCGAGAGCGCCGGAGACUUCACACCUGUGCGAGUCUUCUCCAGAACUUUGCACAACGACGCUGCUUCCCGUGUGGCCCUCGACACCAUACCAGGUUCCGAGGCCCGAGGACCUCAGGCCGAGGCUGGCGCACCUCAGGGAGGGUCUCCAGGCAGCCGCAAGGUGCACUGGAAAUCCCAGGACGUGCUGCCUCUGGAAAACUCAACGGAGGAGCUGAACAAGUCGACCCUGAUCCAGGGCAACUGGGCAGAGCAGCUGGGCCGGGCCGCCCUGCUGGGCUGGGCCUCAUCUGAGCCAGCACUCAGCCCAGGUCUCGUGGGGCUGGAGGCGGUGGGGGAGGAGCUGUGA